GCACGCGGAGCGCUGGGCCCCGCAGCCGCCCGACCGCGCGGCCCGCGAGCCCGGCAUGGGCGGCGACGCCGGGCGGGCACGAUGAGCGCUCUGGGCAGCCCUGUGCGGGCCUACGACUUCCUGCUCAAGUUCCUGCUGGUGGGCGACAGCGACGUGGGCAAGGGCGAGAUCCUGGCGAGCCUGCAGGACGGCGCGGCCGAGUCCCCGUACGGCCACCCGGCGGGGAUUGACCACAAGACGACCACCAUCCUACUGGACGGCCGGCGGGUGAAACUGCAGCUCUGGGAUACAUCGGGGCAGGGACGGUUUUGUACUAUAUUUCGCUCCUACUCAAGGGGAGCACAGGGCGUGAUCCUGGUCUAUGACAUCGCCAACCGCUGGUCCUUCGAGGGCAUCAAUCGGUGGAUUAAAGAGAUUGAAGAACAUGCCCCCGGCAUCCCUAAAAUCCUGGUGGGGAAUCGGCUGCACCUGGCGUUCAAGCGCCAAGUGCCCACAGAGCAGGCCCAGGCCUAUGCAGAACGCCUCGGGGUGACCUUCUUUGAGGUCAGCCCUCUGUGCAACUUCAACAUCACGGAGUCCUUCACGGAGCUAGCCAGGACUGUGCUGCUGCGGCAUGGGAUGGACCGGCUCUGGAGACCAAGCAAAGUCCUGAGCCUGCAAGACCUCUGCUGCCGAGCCGUGGUGUCCUGCACACCUGUGCACCUGGUAGACAAGCUCCCGCUCCCGGUAGCCCUGAGGAGCCACCUCAAGUCAUUUUCCAUGGCCAACGGCCUGAACACCAGGAUGAUGCACGGCCGGUCCUACUCCCUUGCUGCCAGCUCCGGCCACAAGAGAAACAAUUUCCACAAAGCCAGGGCCUGCCCACUCCAGAGCCCACCCGGAACCUGCACCAGAAACAGCUGCAAGAUCUCAUAGAGAGCAAGUUGCAAAAGCAAGACCUGUGCCCAAGUGUCUCCAGGAAGAGCUCUGCAGUCUCCCUGCAGGGCAGGGACCUUUCCAGACCCAAGAUACUGUCCAUCUCUCCAGUAAUGACACUGCUUCCAAAUGCCCGUGUCGCCCCCUAGGCGAAGCAAACACCUAACAUGUUGUGACCAACACUUCUGCGUGGAUGUGCAUGAAGUUCUUGUUCUAGAUGUGUGUGUAUAGAGGGACAUUAGGCCUCUGCUUGACUCUUGAUAACAUGAAGUUUUGAAUGUUGCUUUUAUCAUGAUUGCAAUGUGACUUUUUCCUUAACUGCUUUUGUAAGACUGGUGAAGUGUGUGUGGUAAGUGCAUAGUCAUUGCAGUUUUCAGAGCAGUGGCGGUCAGAGUCUAGCAACAUCGAUAUUACAAGAGGGCCUUUUUAUAAACCUUUUUAACAUCAAAACACCAAUUUAUUAAAGGCUGCAGUUGGACAUAGAGAUUACAUACAACAGAUCUAUCCAGUUUGGGUAAGAAUGCAUUUGAUAAAGUUUUUGCUAUGUUGUUUACAUUUUGGGAUUAAUAAGUAAUUUAUAUGCAUAUUUUUCUGUCAAUCUACAUUUUUUGUACAAGGUAUAAGUUAUGAAGCUAUGGGAAGAACAUGCCAAAGACCCCUCCUGCUCCGAGCCUGCCAACGGGGUCCCAGAGCACUCCUGAGCAGGUCAGCAGGGGUGCUGUCUCAGUAAGAAUGAAGCAAAAACUGUUAUCUAAGAAAAUGUUUCUCAACAAUAAAGCAAAUACUUUUUCUUUUC